AUGCGCUCAGUAUUUGGAGUUCUCGUUCUUAUUGUUGCUGCUGCUGCUACUACUGACUGUAAUACAUCUCAGUUGGCUACCAUCAAGAAAUGUUACCAAACUUAUUUGGCCGCAUUCAAUACGACUUUUGAUCAAGAUCUGCCUGAAUAUUGGGUUUAUCUUCACGACCCACGAAUGAAUUGGUUAUUGAAAGAUGGGGUCAACAUCGCUCAGCCAGCUGUUUGCCAGCUAGGAAACAACUUGGUCCAAUGUGUUGCUGGUACUCGUCCAUGUAUGACUUCUCAUACCUAUACCCAACUUGGAGCAUACAAUGGCACAGAAGCUAACGAUUAUCAAAUCGACUUGGCCGUUACUCAAUACCAAUGUGGAGCUGGAUACAAUAUUCUGAUGCAAAACUUCUAUUGCUUGGAGAGUUGUCGUUCCAGUCAUCAGAAUCUUUUGGAUAAAUGUGAUGCCAGCAUGAAAACUAAUGUUAUUCUUCACGGAUUGUGCAAAGCAGCCCAGAUAAAUGCAGAUUGUCAAGCAAACGUAUUCAGUAACUGUUGUGGACAUAAUGCUGGUGUAUUUAUGUGUAACAAUGUAGUUCAAGGUGUGAACGCCUUGUAUCCCGAGUGCGUGGCUGAUGGAAAACUCAAAUGCCAACAACCCAUGCUUGCCUUAAUUCAAGAUAUGAAAGCAAAAAUGGCUAUGAGCAAAGUCUUAUAA